GGAAGAUCGUUUUUUUUUUCUCUCUUAAAUAUUGUUGUACCUUGUUGUGCAAACGAGUUGCUCUUUAUUUGAUUCUUCAUUUGUCAUUGUUCAUCAAUCUGUUAAAAUAAAAGUUAUUUUCACCAUGUCUCUCGACUGUGACGAUGAACUGGAAUAUAAAUUACUCACCAGAGAUAAGGUAGAGGAUACUUUGGCUAUACAGGCGGAGACUAUGAAACAGGAAAACCUGGCUAUAGGUUUGGGGAUGUUCGAAGAGGAUGGAGCUCCAGAAGAAAUGAAUCUGCUCUUCAAGGAAGUUAUCAAAGAUGGAAUGACGUUGAUUGCUGUUGACAAGAAGACUGAUGAAGUGGCAGCAGUGGCGUUUAACAAGCUUCACGCGAAACCGAGGAAGGAUGAGAAGAACGAGCUGGAUACGUUCAUAGAGGAGAAUUUGAAGCAUCAGACGUGUAGAAAAUUGAUCAAGUUUCUCGAUGACAUUGACAAUGUGGAUAUUUUUGAGAGGUACAAUACGAACGGAGCGAUGGAGGUGUUCUAUCUUGGCACCAAUCCACGGUACCAAGGUCGUGGGAUCGGCCGUCAAAUGAUGCAGAGGUGUAUCGAGUUCGGUCGAGGGCUACUUAAUGGCACAAGGAGAAGAACAUCGAUCGACGGGAUUAUUCUGGAGCAGAGCGUUACUCCAAAGAUAAUAUUCGGUGUGUUCGCCUCGAAUUACAGCCAACGAAUCGCAGAUAAAUUGGGAUUCGACGUUUUGCAGGAAGUUCGUUACGAUGAUUAUGUGUCCAAUGGUAGAAAAAUGUCCGAGAGGAUAGGAAGCGUUCAUAAAACGGCCAGGUUACAGAUUCUAAAACUGUAAGAGACAUUUUUAUAAAGUAUUAAAAUGAGUGGAUAAAUUACAGUAGUGCAUUUUUAUAUUUUAUAAAAGUCGUAUGGGAAUUGUAAUAUUGAAUGAAAAUGAGAAAUAAAUAAUAUACUUAUUUCUGAAACGUGUCUCAUGAAAAUAAAAAAAAAAAAAUUUUUUUAAAU